UGGUUUGUGCUGAUUGGGAACGUUGCAGAUCUUUGAAAUGAAUGAGAGUAUAGGGCUUUGCAGAAGAAGACGACGCUUCCUCUUUCUCAUGUGUCUCUGACGAGGCCUUAGGGGUUGGUAAGAAGGCUUCAACAAAUUUGUCAUUUGCUCUCCAGCUCUUUAAAUCCCCCACAGCUAUAGGAAACCAAAUGGCCGAGGAUACUAGCAAGGACCAAGGCGUUGAGCCAAGUUUGUCUGCCCCAACUUUUGAAAAGAAAGACACUGAGAUCGAAAAGAAGAAGCAGAAAGGAAUUAUAUCUCGCAUUUGGAAUAGUCUCUUUAGAAUGCAUGGCGAUGAUUUUGAGAAAAGGUUGCAACACAUUUCUAAGGAAGAAGCUUCCGUUCUAGCUAGAAUGAAGAAAAGAACUCAAAGUUGGAGGAGGAUGAUGAGGCACCUCAUUGUAUUAUCUGUCAUUAUGGAGGUUAUUGCAGUGGGUUAUGCUAUCAUGACAACAAGAUCUUUGGAUCUAAAUUGGAAGAUGAGGGCAUUUCGUGUUUUGCCUAUGUUCCUUUUGCCCGGUUUGUCUUCAGUCGCUUAUUCAGCACUUGUAAGCUUCACAAGGAUGUGUGACCGCAAGGACCAGAAAACUCUGGAAAGGCUUCGGGCUGAAAGGCAAGCAAAGAUUGAUGAGCUUAAGGAAAAGACAAAUUACUAUAUUACUCAACAGCUCAUUCAGAGAUAUGACCCUGACCCAGCAGCAAAGGCAGCUGCAGCGACUGUCCUGGCAUCAAAGUUAGGCUCAGAUUCAGGCUUAAAAGUGUAUGUAGGAGAUGAACAUCAGCUAAAUGUUCCAACAGGGAAAAGCAAUGAUGUAGAAGUUGUACAAUCUAGUGGGAUGCGAAAUAGAAAGCAGUUGCAGACCAGAUCCAGUAACCCAGGCAGUCCUGCAUUGCACCAUUCUGAUGAAAUAUCGCAUAAUGCUGGGGCUGAGGGUCCUGGAAUUUCUGAGCAUGAUCAGUUGGUUGUUGAGCAUCACACUGACAAUGGAGCGGCCCAUCAUGAUGGGGGAUGGAUUUCUCGAAUUGCUGCACUACUUGUGGGGGAGGAUCCAACAGAGUCUUAUGCACUUAUAUGUGGAAACUGUCAUAUGCAUAAUGGACUUGCCCGGAAGGAGGAUUUCCCAUAUGUAACUUAUUACUGCCCACACUGUCAUGCCCUGAAUCAAUCAAAGCAAGCAGAAGAGCAUGCUUCUCGUUCCAAUUCUCCAAGAACAGGCAGUGCUGAUGGAAUCAGCAAUGCUCCUGGUUCUGUGAGUGAUGGCACUGUCACAAGCAGCAGCCCAGUAAGAAUUGCUUCUGAGAUUGAGGAAGUAGUUGAGAAGGCUACUCCUGAAAAUCCAGUUAAAGAGGAAGACUAGUGUGGAAUCGCCAAGUCUGGUUUGGGAUAUUGUUUUCUUUUGUUUGCCUUAUAUCAUCCUGGUUUGUGAGCCAUAUUGAGUGUUGGAAUCGCAUUGAGUUUGCUUUUUGUCUGCUUUAUAACAAAAGAUUGUUUGAGAUUCCUUAUUACAAACAAACUUCGAACUUAUGGUACAUGGAUCAAUGGUGAUAAUUCUUUACUUGACACAAAACAUUACAAAAUUAAUAAGUUUAGAUUGAGAUUAAUUAUGUUCAUGUUGUAUUCA